AACAACGUUGAUGUACUUAGCCUGAUGAUCGUUGUUUGAGAAACAAAAAUAUAAACGAUAAUACUUUACUCACAAUGCGCAUACCUUUCGCAUUCUUCUUCAUCGCUAUAAUCGAAGCGAAGAGAAAGUAUCCAAAGAGUAUCAUCAAAACUACUCCUGAUGAAGAACUUCCUCUUCCAAAAAAAGUAAAUGAAUACCCGGAGCAUUUCAAUCUUCCUGUUCAAUUUGGACAUAUUUAUAAAGAUGGCUAUGGAGAUCCGCGAUCGAAUUUGAAAUCGCCAAUUGACUUGGUCGAAUUACACAUGAAGACACCGAGGAAUUAUAAUGAAAGUAGAGAAAUAUUAAAGAAAGGAAAUAAAAACAUUCAGUGGAUUAGCAAAGAACGACCAAGAAUUUUGGGUAGUCCUAAGGAUGCGUACAUAGAUGAAAAAACUUUUAGAUUAACAGAUGAAGUCGACGGUGUCAGUGGUAAAAGCAACGGAUCUAGGUCUUGGUUUGACUGGGUCUCAAUACAACAAAGUAAUAUAGCAACCUUGAAACCAAAACAGAAGACUGUAGAACUCAAAAGUGAAAUUAAUAGAUACGACCAUAAUGAAUCGAACUCUAAAAUUAAGGGACAGUAUUUCGCUAGCAAUUCUUUUGAUCUCACGCGAGAUAUCCGUGAAAACAAGAUAAAUCUAACAACGUGCAGUGAGUUCGCCAGAGGCGCAGAUUUUCACCCAAAAGACAUAGUAGAUAUCGACUGGGUACCGUUUUACGUGUGGUCAAGUCGAUUUCAUAUGGCAAUUAUUUACAGAUUUUCAUAUCCGACGAAAAAGUUGGUAAAAAAAUACAAAGAAGAAUUUGGUAUGCUUUUAAAUAAAAACCUAGACUGGGAUCAACCAAAGCUGGUUAUGAAUGAGAUGCUAGAAAUGCUUCUCAUAGCUGCGGAUAGGACUGGAUUGUUUCAUGCUAUACCUUAUCAAGAUUUACCGCAGAGUAUAAAAAGGAAAAAAAUCCAAUUACCAACAAUAACGAUUCGGUUCAAAAUUAUCGACCCUUAUUUAGCGAUGAUGUACUGCGAUGAAGACUUUACGACACUGAUGGCCGUCGCUGGAAACGAACCAACGACAAACAAAGAUAAGAUUUCCGAAGCCAAGACUUUAAAGAUAAAAGGAACCGGAUAUCCUGUGUCUAGGGACGUUGAAUUAGAGAAUAUGAGAGCAAAAGCUGAGAAAGAUUGGGAGAAAGAAAAAGAAGAACGGAAAUUUAUUAAAAUAAAACAACCAAUUAUACGAAAUCACUUCUUCGGAUCAGAACGUUAAAGGCUAUUUGAUGCCAAGUAGAUCUAUAUCGUGUAUUGUAUUACUUAAUUGAUAAAAUGGAAUAAUUCUUCGUCGCCGAUAUGCCUCGUAUGGUUUUCCAACGUUGGAAAUAUUAUAGUUUUACAAUUUUCGUGGUUUUGGAAGUGAAAUUCAAAUACAUGUUUUGCAAAUGAAUGAAUCUAAUCGGAAUUGCAUAAAUUAGACGAGCAGCGUUAUCGCAAGAAAUUUAAAAUGCGUGAAGCAUCGCGUCGGCUUUCUUCUUCGUCGCUUUCUUCAUUGCUGAAGGUCGUGUCCCUGAAACUUGACCGUGGCCUGUCUCGUGAGCUGUUUCCAUCUCGUCCGGUCCUCAGCUUCUCGAAUGGCGGUUGCGACUGGCAACCCAGUUAGAGCGGUUACUUGAUCACACCAACGGCUAGGUAAUGGGCCGCGGAGUCUCUUUCCUUGUACUUUGCCCGUAACAAUCACUUUGUCCAAGUUAUCUGACUGUCGGCGGGCAAUAUGACCGAAGUAGCUGAGGAUCCUCUGGUAACAGAUUGUUGAGCGUCGGCAUUUGUGAUCAAAAUAAAUCUGAGAUUGUGUCAUAA